GGCUCCGCGGCCGCCCCGGCGCGUCCCUUAUCGCGCUCCCGCGCCGCCAGCGCAUCGUUAUCAUGGGCACUGUUUGCUUUGCGCGCCGCUGCUGUUUGCUUUUCGCCCUCGCCUGGGCCGGCAGGUUGGCGGGAGGCAGCGGGGGCGCAGAUGUUGACGAGUGCGCGGAAGCCACGGAUGACUGUCACAUCGAUGCCAUCUGUCAGAACACACCGAAAUCCUACAAAUGCAUCUGCAAGCCGGGCUAUAAAGGGGAAGGGAAGCAGUGUGAAGACAUUGAUGAGUGUGAGAAUGACUUUUACAACGGGGGUUGUGUCCACGAGUGCAUCAACAUCCCAGGCAACUACAGGUGCACGUGCUAUGACGGGUUCAUGUUGGCCCAUGAUGGCCACAACUGCCUUGAUGUUGACGAGUGUCUGGAUAACAAUGGAGGGUGCCAGCAGAUCUGUGUAAAUACCAUGGGCAGCUAUGAAUGUCAGUGCAAAGAGGGCUUUUUUCUGAGUGAUAACCAGCACACCUGCAUCCAUCGCUCCAUUGAGGGUAUGAACUGUAUGAACAAAGAUCAUGGGUGUGCACACAUCUGCCGGGAGACACCCAAAGGUGGGGUUGCCUGUGAAUGUAGGCCUGGCUUUGAGCUUGCCAAAAACCAGAAGGACUGCAAAUUAACCUGUAACUAUGGGAAUGGAGGCUGCCAGCACACCUGUGAUGACACAGAUACUGGGCCUGUGUGUGGUUGUCACCAGAAGUACGCCCUGCACUCCGACGGCCGAACCUGCAUCGAGAAGGAUGAGGCUGCAAUUGAGAGUUCUGAGUACAAUGCCACGUCAGUAGCUGAUGUGGACAAGCGGGUGAAACGGCGGCUACUUAUGGAAACAUGUGCUGUCAAUAACGGAGGCUGCGAUCGGACGUGCAAGGACACGGCGACAGGGGUCCGCUGCAGUUGCCCAGUUGGAUUUACCCUGCAGCCUGAUGGGAAAACGUGCAAAGAUAUCGAUGAGUGCUUGGUGAACAACGGGGGCUGUGACCAUUUCUGCAGAAACACAGUUGGCAGCUUCGAGUGCAGCUGCCAGAAAGGCUACAAACUGCUCACAGACGAAAGGACCUGCCAAGAUAUAGAUGAGUGUUCAUUUGAGAGGACCUGUGAUCACACCUGUAUCAACUACCCUGGAAGCUUUGAGUGUCUCUGCCACAAAGGCUACACCCUGUAUGGACUGACACACUGUGGAGAUAUUGAUGAAUGCAGCAUCAGCAAUGGUAGCUGUGACUAUGGGUGUCUUAAUACCAUGGGGAGCUAUGAGUGUGUCUGCCCACCUGGAAAGAAACUGCACUGGAAUAAAAAGGACUGUGUUGAGAUGGUGAAAUGUCUCCCAAAUGCCAAACCAGCUCCCAAGGCUCAGCUGGUGUGUAGUAAGACAGGAGGCAUAGAGAGCUGCUUCCUGUCAUGCCCAUCCAACACUCUUUUUGUUCCAGACUCGGAGAACAGCUACACCCUGAGCUGUGGAGUCCCCGUCCAGCAAGGCAAGGCUCAGCCAAAGCGCAACACCACCCUGCCCAGCUGCCCAGAUUCAUUAGCCCCUCCAAUCAAGCAGAAAGCUCGUUUUAAAAUCAAAGAUGCAAAAUGCCAUUUACGGCCUCGCAGCAAAGAAAAACCAAAAGAUUCUGGGAAGCAGCCUGUUUCAGGAGGCCAAUUCCCUUGCACAGACAACUGCCAGGUGACCUUUGUGAACCUCAAGUGCGAUUCCUCCAAGAAAAAACGCCGAGGCCGCAAGUCCCCGUCCAAAGAAGUGUCCCACAUCACUGCAGAGUUUGAAGUGGAGAUGAAGUCAGAAGAAGUCUCAGACACCUGUAACAUUGACUGUGUUCGGAAAAGGAUGGAGCAGAAGCUGCAAACUGCAAUCAAAACAUUGAGGAAAUCUAUUAAUAAACAGCAAUUUUACAUUCAGUUUUCUGGGACAGAGUAUGAAGUGGCUCAGAAGCCAGCUAAAGCUACUGAGGGGCACGAGGCUUGCAGUACAGGGCAAGUACUGCAGGAUGGAAAAUGUGUUACCUGCAGCACGGGCACCUUUUAUAGCGGAGAACACAAUCAGUGCGUUCCCUGCUCCCCAGGAACUUACCAGGACACAGAAGGUCAACUCACCUGUGAGCCUUGCCCAAGUAACGAUGGACAGGGAGUAGCAGGAGCCCGGAAUGUGUCAGAAUGUGGAGGGCAGUGUUCUCCUGGGCACUACUCCUCAGAUGGUUUUAAACCUUGCACAGUGUGUCCUCUGGGUACCUACCAGCCUGAGCCAGGGAGGACCCUCUGCUUUCCAUGUGGCGGUGGGCUUGUGACCAAAUAUGAAGGUGCUGUUUCCUUCCAAGACUGUGAAACCAAAGUUCACUGUUCUCCUGGGCACUACUACAACUCCACCACACACAGAUGCAUCCGAUGCCCUGCGGGGACCUACCAGCCUGAGUUUGGGCAGAACUACUGCAUCACCUGCCCUGGGAACACCAGCACGGAUUUUGAUGGCUCCACUAAUGUUACACACUGCAAAAACCAGCACUGUGGAGGAGAACUUGGGGACUAUACUGGCUACAUUGAAUCACCCAAUUAUCCUGGAGACUACCCAGCUAAUGUCGAAUGCAUUUGGAAUAUAAACCCACCUCCAAAGAGGAGGAUACUCAUUGUAGUACCUGAGAUAUUCCUCCCAAUCGAAGAUGAAUGUGGUGAUGUUUUAGUAAUGAGGAAAAGUGCUUCUCCUACUUCAAUUACCACAUAUGAAACAUGUCAGACUUAUGAGAGACCUAUUGCAUUUACCUCAAGAUCAAGGAAGCUCUGGAUUCAGUUCAAGUCAAAUGAAGGAAACAGUGGCAAAGGAUUUCAGGUCCCCUAUGUGACUUAUGAUGAGGAUUACCAACAACUAAUAGAAGACAUUGUUCGAGACGGCCGAUUAUAUGCGUCAGAAAAUCAUCAGGAAAUUCUAAAGGACAAGAAACUGAUUAAAGCUCUCUUUGAUGUACUGGCACACCCACAAAACUAUUUCAAGUACACAGCACAGGAGUCAAAAGAAAUGUUCCCAAGAUCAUUUAUAAAGCUGCUGCGAUCCAAAGUGUCCAGAUUUCUACGACCAUACAAGUAGUCCAGUGGUACUCAAUUUUUGGUUACUUUGCAUUCCUGUCAAAUAUCGUCUUUCCUCCACAGUAGAAGCAUUUGCUAACUUGAAGGCUCUUUUUUGCAGUCUUUGUUCUCAGUUGUAUAUGGAAGAACGCCUACAAUGUUUUAUAAUUGUUAAAAGUCAGUGUUUUGAAUGGGAUUUUUACUACCAAAAAAAAAAAAGUGCAUCCCUGAGUGCAUCUUGUUGAAGAUCUGAAUUUGUGUCUGCACUAGUGUAUCCUCACUCCCCAUCUGAAAUUUCAUGAUGUAGAAAAUAUUCUUUCGAGCUUUUUAUUUUUCCAUCAACAAUAACUUUUGUCAAAGAAAGGAGGAAUCUAUUCAAAUGUGAUUAAACUACCUGCAGAUAAGUUCUGUUGUAGAGAGAAGUAUGUAGUAUAAAUAAUAUUUGGAUUUUUGAAUUGCACUUGAAGUUUAUAUUUGAAUCUUUAGAUGAAAACAAAAAAAAAAAUCUAAAUUUUGUUAUUUCUCAGUUGUGGCUUGGUGGAACCUCUGUCCAAGUAGGAAUCAAAAAGGGAAAAAAAGAGAAAAAAAAAAAGAAACAUAUGUAUAAUUUUGUUUUAUGAACUACAUGAGAUUGAGUCCCAUGCCCUAAUGUCCUAAUGUUUUUAUCUGUCCUCUUCUAAUCUUCUUCAGAGGUUUGCCACUGUCAGUUAUUUGAUUGAAACAGAUUUAGCUCUGGAUUUCCAUGCACCAGUUGGUCCCUUUAAAGGCAUUUACAAUAGGAUAUGUGAGAAAUGAACAGCAACCACGCUAGCAGUCUUGUUUUUCUUUCCAUUAAGAGAGCAUCUAAUUAAGUACAAUAUAUAAAUAUAUAAAUAUAUACUUCUAUUUGUGGGUACAUUAGUAAUGUUAUCUCUAGUUACUGUAAAUAUUAUUCAUGCUUAAAUCUUUACUCCCACACACCCUAUUUACUCAUAUCUAUAUGUAACUUUGUGUAGAUGAUUAAAUGACUUCUCCAAGUGCUUGUCACUUCUAUUGACACCGACCUGAAGCCUUUUGGAGUUUUAUAAUACUGGAUAAUGGUUUCCUCUGGGACAAUCUCUUUCAGUAUGCAGAGGAGUUGGAGUCUUCAGAGACAGCCUGAACUUAGGGUCUGACAACUCAUUUCUUUCCACUCGUGGAUCUUAGGUCUUUGAUGGGCUUUCUCUUUAAUACCUACAUUAACCCUCAUUUCCAAAUAUAAUUUCUCCAUAAAAAUCCUUUGUUAAAGGCUGUUAAACCUAAACUUUUUGUGAGGAUGUUGUAACUACUUUUAUUUAUUAUUCACCCCGAGUUACGAAAAGGGGACUUUCCAAGAAGACAUUCUUAUCAGCCCUACAUUCACUGUGUGUCUGGAACAACAAGAAAAAAAGUUUCGUGUAUUUUUUCCCUUCUCAGUAAUUAUUUUUAGGGAAAAAAAAAAAUAAAAAGCAAAAAGUUUUUAGGUACUCGAAUUAUGUAGGAGUGUAUAGCUAAAAAAACUACUUUAGCCAAUCAGUGCUUCAAAGGCUGACAGGUUAUUCAGAGUAUUAUCAAGAUAUACAUUAGAAUGGGUCAGGAUUGCAGCCAUUCUACAGAAAGAUAUGAAGGAAAAAUACGAAAAAUAUGGAGAAAAUUAACUCCCUCAUUUGAUGAAUUAUUUACAGUGGCCUUUAGAAUUUCAGACUCCAGUGAGCAAACUCUGGAACCUGUUGCUGUACGGUGAGUUUAGUAAAAUACUUCCUAAAACUUUUUAAAGCUCAAUGACCAACAUGUUUGGACAUAAUUAGAAAAAUGAGUCAGGUUUGAAUGUUUGCGGCUCUACUUAGAAAUGCUCCUGGAUGUGCCAAUUUCUAGUGAAAAAAGUAAUGACAAGUGGUAUAUAAAGUUAAAAAUGCUUUGAAUUCCAUAGUAGAUUUACAGUUACAGAGACUGGCAGUCACCAAAUAGAAGGUGAGUUCAGCUCUUCAUUUGUUAGCAUUGGUGUAGGAUGCCUUCAUUGUCACACAACAGCAGUACAACAACAAGGAAAGUCUUCUAUGGAGAAGACUUAGGAACAUUUGGGAAUCAAAAACCACACGAGGAGAAAUGUGGCUGCCUUUAAGAAAACCAGCUUUGUGAAAUGAUAGAAUCAGUGCAGCACAGAAUUUGAGCAUUUAAACAUAAUAAAUACAGCCCUGCAUCUGCUCUUAUGGAAUUACACACUGUAUGCAGGAGAGGUGCAACAACAUGUUUUUGUGUUAUUGCAGGAAGGCUGGACAAGUGCCCAUUUGUGAUUGCCCAAUUCUGUGGCACAAACAGAGCUCCUUGUUUUCCAUUUGCAAAUGCCUUGUGUGCUUAAAAGCUGCACCCGCAGCACUUACCAUUUUAAGCCUCCUCUGCUUUAAACACUGCACUUAUUUCUAGUGAGGUGGUGGUGAAUCAUCCCUAAACAUUCUCACAGGCCACCAAAUCACCUCCUGCCACAGUCCAGGAGCCUGCAACAAUCCGAGGUUGCUAAUCAAGGCCAGAGUCGUGCCUUGAAAGCACUUAGGGCAAGGUCUGUGUGUGUCAUUUGAGUGCAGGGAACAUCAGGAUUUGGUGUUCAAUACGUUGCCACCUGCGUCUUGCCUGCAAUAGCAAGAUUUAUUCUGCCUGAAGAUUUAGCUCCCUGUAAGUGGAUUUAAAACUGCUGAAGUCUUCGUUCAGCUCCAUCACACAUCAGAUUUUGACCUAAAGACAGAUUUUUCAAAAGGAAUUUAUUUCCUCUUUGUGCCUCCCACACAGAAUAAAGUUAGGACUACUUAAGAGUUAGACUAAUCUUUCCUACACAUCGGCUUCAUUCCAGGGUAAGCUCACUUAAAAGUAAGUAAGCUUCCUUAAAACUAGCUUUAAAAAGCCAGGUUUAGUUUAGUUUUAGACUAGCUUAAAUAAAUACUGGACUGGUCACAACAUUUUCAGAGCCCACAUUCUUGAGCUGUCAGCUGGUUUGGAAAGAGCAGAGCUCACCUGUGGCCCUCUGUCUGUGAGCAGAACACGAGGAUGACGCCACACGAACAAGAAACAUCCUUUAUGUGUGUUCAGCAUUCAAAAAGGACAGUCAAACCCCACCCCACGGCCCUUUGUAAGCCUGUCCAACAGAUUCAGAUUUCUCAGGUCAGUCUUAACGAUAAACAACCCAGUUUUCAUCUUGCAGAAAACAGGCUGGGAACUUCAGGAGCAAAAAGCAGGGGGAUGAUUGUUCUGCAGGAUCUGCUGACAGGUCUUUGACAGCAAAACCUCCCUGCUCUGUGACAGUUCCCAUGUCUGGGACUCUAAAUACCUUUGGGGCUCUUCAAAAAGAAGCUGGAGUGAAAUCUUCAGCAGCUGAAGCCAAAUUUGUCAGCCACCUUAGGGGUCUCGGUGAUUUUCUGAUGAUGGGAAUGAGUGACACACGCAGUUCCCUGGAUCUGUGUCAUGAGUUCACCUAGUUGCAUUUUUUCCUAGUUUAAAACCACUGAUUGACAGGAAUGGUAGUAACUGGAGGAGUUUCUUGUAGACUCUCAAUACUUUGAGACUUUAAUGAAAUAGGUUUCUAGAACGAGAGACUGUUGUAAGCACUUGGGAAAAAAAAUACUUUUGUCUUCCAUAAGAAUUUAUGGAAGAAGUGAAAUUUCUGUAAGGUACUAUGGGCUUAUUCAACUCAGAGUGAGACUUGGGUUCAGAGACAAGUCUCAGGUUUUAUCAGAACAUCUCUCAUCUGAACAGAAACAGACUGGGAAAUAAACAGUGUCAAAAAACUGUUCUCUAAGUAUCUGAAUAUAUACAAUUCCAGUUUGUUGUUUCAUUUAUUUAUUCUGUUUCAUCAUAAAGCUUUUAAUCUAUAAAAUUAAUAUGUAAUAUACAAGAGUAAAAUGUACAGAAGUACCUUUAGAUGUAAUAAUUUAAACCAUCUGUAUUCAGAAAGUGGAGAUAACAAGUUAUACCAACAAUUGCAAUUCAAUUUUAGCUGAACUUCUCAAUAUCUAGAAAAAGAAGUGGCUUUGAUAAUUAAACUUUAUUUUAAUGAUUGUGAAAAUAUCUUUUUUUAGAGUUUGUUUUUGUUACUUUUUUUUAAUUAAAAUUAUUUUGUAAAUAUUGUUUUCUAUGUUUUAUAACUUAGAAAGGCCAUUAAUUUGCAUUGAAAGCAGCAGAGACUCAACAUGAUGAUUAUAAAGGUACUUUAGGAGACUGGGGUGGUUAUCCUUCCAGAUUAUAGAUCCUGUUAUUCCUUCAGUCUCACUGGCAUCAUAGGAAGAGUUUUCUGGGGCAAUUUAACGUGUUCAGUUCCACAGAACUGACUAUCAAGUGUCAUUCUGAAGUGUUUACCAUUUUCAUAAUAUAUAAAGAAUAUGUGUUUUAAAGCUAGUGCUACACAAAGCUCAGAAAUAAAAUAAAAGGGAAUUCAAUAGAUGACACCCAAGUAUAGUAAAAAGACAAGGGAAGUUAUCUCUUUGCUCCUACUGGAAGAGAUAAAACCUCAUAUUGGAUCAGCUCAUAGAGCAUUUUUUAGGCAAAAAGCUCAUUAUCAUCAUGUCCAUCACCAGUUUAAGCGGGAAUUUCUGGUAGAAUAGAUUUUGGGGCAAAACACACGGAGUGUAAUAUUAGUUUCUGCCCCAAUUUGCUCCUUGUAAAUCACUGCACAAGGGUGACAUUUUGAACUAAACCGUUGUAGAUGCUGCUGGGACUUCUAAGCUUUAUUACCAAUGUAAAUUGUGUACAAACAGUAUUUCCAUAUGAAAUGUACGAUAAUAGUUUAGAGCAAGGAUAGCGAAUAACUGUACAAAAUUUGAUACUUAGAAAAUAAAAUACAGUGCUGAGCUUUACCAAUAUUUUAACAAUUCUGUCAGAUUUAUAGUAGAAGAUGUUGUUGUAAAUGUACCUUAUAAGAAAAUACAUUUCCUUUUGCCUCUGUAUAUUAAUAGCUUUGAUUUGCUACGUCAGAGCUCAAAAUGAAGCAUGUAAUAAAACUUUUGUUAAAAUCACUUUCAUAAUAAACAUAAAAUGGAAUGGAUAA